UAAUUAGCGUAAUGUAGCUGAUGCAAUCCUUGCUGCACUUAGUGAAGAACCUAAUAAUGAAAAUAAGCAUUCAAGAUUUUUCUUUAUGGAUGGGCCUGCCGGUUGUGGUAAAACAUUUACUUACAAUUAUUUAAUUGCUGAAACACGCAGCAGGCAUAUUAGAACUGCAACAGCUGCAUGGACAGGAAUAGCUGCAACUCUUCUUAAGAAUGGAUGCACAUUGCACGGCUUAUUCAAACUUCCUGUUCCAAUUUUGGAAACUAGCACAUGUAAUGUAACUCCAAACUCCAUUCAUGGUAGAUUCCUGAGACAAGUUAGUUUAUAUUUACUCGAUGAAGCAUCUAUGAUACCCAAACAUGCUUUGAGUGCCAUUGAUAAGUUAUUACAAGAUAUUUGUAAUAAUAAGUUUCCUUUUGGUGGUAAAGUUAUUCUUAUGGGUGGAGAUUUUCGACAAAUACUUCCAGUUGUGAAGAGAGGUCGACCAGCAGAUGUUGUAGAAUCAUGUAUAAAGUGUUCUGAACAUUGGCAAUAUGUGCAAAGGUUUUCAUUAACUGAAAAUAUGAGGGUUCAGAUAGGAGAAGAGGAAUUUUCUCAAUGGCUUUUAAAGCUUGGAAGUGGAACAUUACCUGUCAAGCCUGAAGAUCCUUUGCAAGGGUGUAUUGAAAUACCUGAGCAGUGUUUUCUCAAUGAUAAUGAAUCUAUUGUGGAAAAGAUUUUUGGUGGUGCAGAAGAAGCUGAUUAUGCAAAACGUGCUAUUUUAACACCAACAAAUGUUGAUUCAUUGGCAAUAAAUGAAGAAGUCCUUCAUCGAUUACCGGGUGAUGUUAAAACUUAUUUAAGUUCAGAUAGCAUUGAAACUGAUGAUCAUAAUGAAAUUUAUAAUUUUCCAGUUGAGUUUUUAAAUACUUUGACUCCAUCAGGUAUGCCUGUUCAUUGCCUAAAGUUGAAAAUUGGUGCUGUUAUAAUGCUACUUAGAAAUUUAGAUCUCAAAGGUGGACUUUGUAAUGGAACACGUUUGAUGGUGCGUGCACUACACAACAAUUACAUUGAUGGUGAGGUUCUAACAGGUGUAUCAGCUGGUAACAGGGUAUUUGUUCCUCGAGUUCAAUUAGCUCCAUCAGAUUCAAAUUUACCUUUUACACUUAAACGUCGUCAAUUUCCAGUUAGGUUAGCAUACUCAAUGACCAUAAAUAAAAGUCAAGGUCAAACAUUUGAUAAAGUUGGUGUUUAUCUCAAAAAGCCUUGCUUUUCACACGGCCAAUUAUAUGUUGCAUGUUCAAGAACAAAAUCUUUUAAUAGUUUGUUUUUUAAAGUUGAUAAACAUGCAUUACAAGGUAUGUCAUUUAACAAAUAUUACACAAAUAAUGUUGUGUUUACAAAUGUUCUUAAUUUAUAAUUUUGACAAGUUUGU